UUUUGACAACAUGGCGGACGGGCAAAGCAAGCAUUCGGAUGCAAAAGAAGUUUCUUCCGUCAAGAAACAUCAUAAACAAACUUCAUUAAGCUAUAGUCGUCCAAAAUAUCGGGAGGCUCGUUGGGAAAGGGCCGUAAAGGUUUGUACUUUGAGAUUUGAGACGUUUUAAUUUUAUCACAGAAAGAAACAUUUUGGCUCUACCUUGAACGAAAUUGUAAGAUUUACGGUCGCAUUCCUAAUCUGUAAUUGUUAGUAUGGAGUUGAUUACUUUUAUUAACAUUUUGUUAACUGUGUAUUAACCCAAUUUUGCGGGUGUGGUUCUCAUAUUUAUAUAUAAGCGUAUCAACUAACAGGUUUUGUUAAGCUUUAAUAAUUCUGUUCUUUUGUUUUUAAGGUUUACACCAUAAAUUUGGAAUCUAAGUAUGUUUUGGUUCAAGGUGUACCUGCUGUAGGUGCUGUCAAGGAAUUACUUGAGCAAUUUGCACUUUAUGGAGCAAUCGAAGAGUAAGCUUAUUUAAGUGACAAUAACUAUUACUUUGCAUAAAAUAAAAUUUGUGAAGUGAUAAUACAGUUCUAAGGAAAUGGCUUAAUUUUCUCUUAAUCCAGAUUUAUUAGUUAAACUUCUUUAUCAAGAAAGAAAAAAAAUAAAAAUUUCAGGCUGUUUCUCAUUCAGUUUUUGUCACCAAAACUAGGUGAAAGGCAUGACCAGAAGGUCCAAGUCCCCCCCUGAAUGCUAAGUUCUGUUUCAACUUAACUAAGUUUUUCUCACUAAUAAAAUGCUUCAAAAUUUGUUUUAUUAUUUAUUCAUGUUGGAAUCUGACAAUUUUUGGCAAUACUUUUGUAUGUUCCUUUUCUUUUUUUAAGUUUAAGAAAACGCAUUUUAGGAUUUUUUUCAACUAGUCGAGUUUUGGUACUCUUAAACUAAGGCAUUUUAGUAAAAUCCAACUAGUGGUAUAAUUAUCAAUGUUGCAUUCUGAUUGGUUGAACUACUACUAGGCUAUAUGUUAUAGCCCACUAAUAGCGAAAAGCACGGACUUUGAAAACCAAAACAAUGAUGGCUGAAUCGCGUUUUCCCAGCUGAAGUUGUUUUGUCUCGAUAUUUUUGACCAACUAGUUGGAUUUUAAUAAAACAUUAUUCCUCUGGCCCUCAUAACCUCUGAGUCAAUAGCGGCCUUCUGCCUCAUGGGCUAUUGACUCAGAGCCCAUUCGGGCUCAAGGAAUAAUUGUUAAUUAUUUGCUUUAGAUAUCGUUUCCUUGAUGAGUAUCCCGUUGAGCCCUAAUGGCCUCUGAGUCAUAGCCCAUCCGGGCUCAAGGAAUAAUUAUUGUUAAUUAUUUGCUUUAGAUAUCGUUUUCUUGAUGAGUAUCCUGCUGAGCCCUUCACGGAGGUUUACUGGAUUAAGUUUCAGAGGAUAAAUUCAGCAAGGUAUUGUAGGUACAAAGAGGUCCUUCCAGGAGGGGGUCCCAUGUCGCCCGUCUGAAUUUUAAAACGUCUCGUGUUGGUGUUAUAAAUGCUUGUUGCUUAUUGUCGGCUUCGCCGUUAAUGUUGCAAUUUGGCCGAGGAAGGUUGUCUCUUGUCAUGAUUUCAUUUUACGUGGUGCCACUACUUUUUAAGCCUUGUCGCUUGUCGGAAUUUACCCUGGCAGGGCCUUAACAAAGUCAGUUUUUUUGGACUUCAUGCAUUGUUUGAAGUUGAUGUUAACUGUAAGAAUACAAAUCUAAAUGGAGAUGGUCAUAUUUCCAAUUUGGGACUCCCACAUAAUGGAAGGAGGUCAAAUAUGACUAGGUGUGAUAGUACAGAUAAUUUGCCACCUGUGUUUGUUCCCUGGCAUCAUUCCAGAGGGCUGCAAUACCACCCUUCCCCACCAAAGUAAUGAUGGAAACUUAAUAUGACGGUACAAAUAAAAUUAAGGAAACCCAAACAUAUGCAAAAGACAGGAGUGGCUCAAAUUUUUCUGCAGGGCAUGAGAAAUUGGUCUGCAGGUUUGAGCUGGUAAUUUGAGCAGUGUUGUGCUUAAGCCAUGCCUGGUGGCACCUGGUGCCUUAUAUUUGCUACUGGGUGAGUAGAAAAGUUUCAUUUUUCAUAAAAAUCAUAUGCUGGAUUCCCUGUGUUCAGAGCAGUGGGCUCUAUUCAUUUUUUCUUAGAGCACAGCCUUGUUGAGAUUAAAGUUUUUGGGCUGCAGGCAUGAGACUUAUUUCCAAGGGGAGGGAGAGAGCAGGUAGGUGACACCAGUGGUUCGGGGUGUAUAGUAUUAACCAAGGAACAACAAAGAAAAGGACCAUGGCAGUUAGUAAAGCAUGAGUUCAUUGUCGUUGUGAUUUGUUUUUAAGGUUUGCCAAGAAAAAGCUGGACAAUAAAUCAUUCUUUGGAGGAAUAUUACAUGUGUGUUAUGCUCCAGAGUUUGAAACGGUCAAUGACACAAGAGAGAAACUUCAAGAGAGAAGAAAAGUUAUAGCAAAAAAGACAAGAGGUUAGUUCUAUCUUUUUAAAAGGCUAAAAUCUUUUUUGCAUCUGUUGAAUUCAAAGAUAAUGGUCCAGUUUUGUCAAUUCAGACUAGUGAGCUUUAGCAUCGACAAAGGCAAUGGCAGCAAAAACGUCUUUUUUAAAAUCAAUUCCCGUUUUUUCAAUCUCUGUUGGGUUUAUUCCAAUUUGCUGAAAAUGGAAAAUGUAGGCAAAUUUUCCUGGAGUUGAUUUCUUGAGGGCCACACUCAUUAGUUUAGAGAGGGAAAAAGAGAUUCGUCGUCGUUUGUUUAUGUCCUCCAUAAAACUUGCAUUGCAAUUAGGCAUUUUCAGGACAGUAAAGAAACGUGCAAAAAAACGUAAUGCAAAUGCAAAGUUGUUUUGCGUAAUAAACCUGUAAUAAACCAGUUGAUUUUUUGACGUCCUCGUUGCUGUCGCUGUCAUCGUCGCUAAAACUCCCUAAUAUAUUUCAGGCGUGGAAACUUUUUUUCUUAUAUUAAUGAUAUGUUUUGCAAACAUAUUUGCAGAGCUUUUUGGUGAGCAACAGAAAAAAACAGUGACCAAAGACUCUUCACCAGUUGGCACUGAAGACUCUUUGCCAAAGAAACCUACAGAAACAAGCCAAAGGAUUCCUGAGUCUUCUUCAGAUGACCAAAGACUGCAAACAAGCCUCACUGUGAAAACAUCAGGCCUAUCGUAUCAUGCAAAUUAUACAGACCACAUGCUGCAGUCAAGCUCAUCAUUUCCAACCUUACCACCACCUCCACAACAUCUUUAUCCAUUCCAAUACCCUCCACGCCCUCCCCCAUGGGACUUACCUCGGGUACCAUCAGCCCAUGCAACACUUCCAGCAUACAUGCAAAAUUUCCCUCCUCCGCCUCCCCUGCCUCCUCCACCACCACCACCUCCUACUGCAGAGCCAUCAGUAUUAGACAAUGUUAAGACAAGUAGAAAAAGUGAGCAAGAAAGGCCAUUUACUGUUUACAUGUCACAAGUUAUGAUUGGACCACAACUUGAAGAAGGGUUAGAUUUACUAAUUAAGAUUAAGUGACAGUGCUAUUAUUAUUAUUAGUAGUAGUAGUAGUAGUAGUAGUAGUAAGUCAAAAUAUUGAAAUUUCUGACUGAGUUAAAUCUGGGCUGGACAAGCUAACACUGACGAAAGUUGGAAAAUUUAGGCCAUGUGUCCAAUAAUAUUUUUAGUUAUUGGAGCAGGGUUUGUACAGGUCAUGGAAAACCGGGAAAGUCAUGAAAUUUAACAAUUUCAUUUUCCAGGCCUGGAAGAUCACGGAAUUUGAUUGUCGGUCAUGGAAAGUCAUGGAAAAUUAAAGUUUUGUUAACUUUGGUACUGCAGAUGUCAAAGCAACAACAAAGUAAAAUAGAGACAAGUAAUUAAAUAGUGCGAACAGCACAUAUUUUGGUAGACACCAGAGUUUUGUAGCUGAUAAAAUGAGUUAGGUCAAAAAUACCCUCAAACAAGGAUAGGUUUGAAAAUUUUCAAAGGUGACAGCUAAUCCUAAGGUCUUGGAAAACUGGAAAAGUUCAUGGAAAAAGUCAUGGAAAGUUAUGUAAAUUUAAAAGCUGAAAAAAGUGCAAACCCUGUGGAGGACUGAUAUCAAUCAUUCAUUAAUUAAUAAAAAAAAUAUGGGACAGUCAAUUAUUUAUGUCAUGCUACCAACAGCAGUUGCUCUGUAUUGUGUGAUAUGAAGUUUGUAAAUUCUUAGAGGGUCUUGUCUCUUUGUGUUAUUCUAAAAGUACUUAAAUGUGCUUUUGUUUAAUGGACAUAGUAUUCACUCAAUAAAAACCAUAAAUGAUAAUAAUAAUAAUAAUAAUAAUAAUAAUAAUAAUAAUAAAUGAUUUUGGUGGUAUCAAUGCCACAUAAUUUGUUCAUCCUUGUCUAACAUAUUUAUUCCAGAUUGAAUUGGAAAUUAGAAAUCUAAGAAAACAAGAAAAAGUGACUUUGUGCAUGUAGUUUGAUCGACUGGAAUUAGGAGUUGAUUUUCAUCUUUCCUUUCUUUUCAGAGAUUCUUCCAAUCAGGCUUCCUUGGUAAUGAAUUGUAUUUUUCAUUCCUUUUAUAAUAUUAUAAGGAUAAUCACUACCAUUAAACUGUAUGUCAGUUCUGUUUAUACUUUGAAGUGAUGUUGUGUUACCUAUAACAGACUGACUUUUCCCUGAAUAUUGAGUCAUAUCAGUGGGUUAACCCUUUCACUUCCAGAAUGAAUGAUGGAGUCUCGUAAGUUUUUAAUACUCGUAAGGUGGUUCUAACUUUUAAGUCUGUGGACAAAAUCCUAGGAAGUGACCAUUGAAAUGAAACCAAAUUAAGUAUGUAGUUUUAACUUUUGAGUCUGUGGAUGAAAUCUAUGGUGUUACCAUUCAAAUGAAACCUCUUCAGCAGUACUUUCACAUGAUACUAUUUAUUUAGUAUGUAGUUCUAACUUUGAAGCCUGUGGACAAAAUCCUAUGAUGUGACCAUUCGAAUGAAACCACAUGGUACUGUUUAUUUUCACAGUAUGUAGUUUCAACUUAAGUCUGUGGACUAAAAGCCUAUAAUGAGACCAUUGAAAUGAAACCAUGUGGUACGGCUUAUUUAGUAUGUAGUUCUAACUUAAGUCUGUGGACAAAAUCCUAUGGUGUGACCAUUGCAAUGAAACCACAUGGUACUGCUUAUUUAGUAUGUAGUUCUAACUUUUAAGUCUGUGGACAAAAUCCUCUAGUGUGACCAUUCAAGUGAAACCUCUGUAUUAGCAUUUUCACAUCGAUGGUACUAUUAAAUUUUGUUUUUCACCAUUUUACAAACCCAGGGUGUCCAGUUCCUAUUUUUUUCUAUUUUUUCAGCCCAUUCCUAUUUUUUCCUAUUUUUAAACUAAAACCUCCUAUUUCUCCUAUUUUUUUAACAAAAUUGAAAAUGGAAUAUAAAUUAUUAUAGUUGUAUGUGUUUUGGAGUGAGAUUUAUCAUAAAGCAAGUAGUAUGUUGACUUCAAUGUUCUAAUAUUAGCAAAAAUAAUAGUUAAAUUUUUGUUCUUUCCAUGACCUCUAUUGCUUAUUAGAGUUCUGUUAACAACUUUGUUAUAUUGUUACUUUUUGUAUAAUUUUCUAGUGCACCUACAUGUUGUAUGUAGUGUUAUAGGUCUCAUGACCAUUGAAUAAUAUUGUGCAUAGCCCACUGAAACUGCAUUUCAGUAUCUGUACAUGUUAUAUUUUAUUUUGAAGUCUUGCUCGCUUUUAUGUUCAUCUUUGAAACUGAAAACAGGAUCAAGUUGUCCUCUCAUAACACAGGUCAGAUAAGUCAUCAAUCAGCUUCUUGUUUAAAAAACCAAUCACUAGCUGGAUUCUGGAUGCUAUGUAUGAAAAGAACAGUCGACUCAAGUUUUGUUUACAACACUACCUCUAUUGGUGACCCUUGUUAACAGCUAGCUAUACCUAAGAAACUGUCGAAGGAUCCAAUAUUUUGGUUGCAAAACUGGUCUUGCAGUCGUAGCUAAGCAGAGAGUUACGUUCUUCUUAGAACUUAAUCAUGAUACACUUACAAUCUGGUACCAAAUAGAUCAGUGUCAUUUCGCGUACUCCGUGGAAAGCCUGGCUCAUACUUAAAACUGUACGGUCUUUUGACUCAAACAAGCAUAUUCUCAACCAGCUACCGAUUGCAGAUUAAUGGAAGGAAAGCUUUCCACAGGACUUUUUAGUCCUAGUUCGAUAUCCUUCAAUGACAACGCAAUCGUCAGAAAUUUCCAUCCUAAAAAAUUUCACUUUUUGAAGCUUUUCAAAGAUUGGCCACCAAUUUGCAUGUAAACAACAUUGAUUAUAGAACCAUGCUCAGGGAGGCUAUCUUUGUCGACGAAAGCACUAUUGAUUUUCCUAUUUUCCCCUAUUUUUUAAUACAAAGUUUCUUAUUUUCUCAAUCCUGAGAUUCCUAUUUUCCUGUUUUUUUGAGCAACCAUGUUGCUGGACACCCUGCAAAUGAAAUUUGGAAAUUUGUUGAAUUUUGAUUUAUGCCAGCAUUUUUGAGUGUGAAAGGGUUAUGCAUUUGUUUUGCUAUGUCAUCCACAGUUUCUGUUUCACCCAGAGCUGAGGGACUGCCUUACCAAAUCUCAACAAAAUAAUUGCAACAUUACUUGUCCAAACUUUAGCUCUGUUAUCACCAAACCAGGUACGUUUGUUAUCAUAAUGUUACUGUUAUUUACUCUUUAUUUUUCAAUUUUUUUAGACUGGUGAUGAUUCACUUGACAAGACUGCAAUUUCUAUCAGAAAUAAAAUACACAAGGUAAUGUCUUUAAUCGUUUGAAAAAAUUUAAAUCAGGGUCAACAUGUAGCAGGUAAAGAUGGCCGUGUUUUUUAUAUCUCUGUGGGUUAAGAAGAAAAAUUAGCAGCUGCUACAAUAAUUCUUUUCCUUCAGUGAGACAAAAGGCCAACAAUAUAGCUUAGGUAUCUUUGAUAGGGUGUUGCAACUAAAGUGAAGCCCUGUCUAGUUAUAUGACAACCAAGGAGAAGCGAGGAGCAGGUCAUAGUAAUGAAGUUUUGAGAUGACUGAACUCAUGUUUUUCAAGUUUAGACCAGAUGAAUGUGGUCUUAUUAAAUAACGAAGUGGUUGUAUAAAGGGUGAGGUUUAAAACAAAUUUUUACUGCUUUUUUUGCUCUGUUAAAGUUAUCAAGAGUUCAAGAAGAACUGGCCUCUACUACACCAAAUAUUCAAAUUGUCCAGGUAUGCUGUAUCUAUUUAUUUAAUAGAUUAAAGAGUCGUGGAGCAUUUAACUGGUUUAUCUUCUGCCCUUUAUUUCUAUGCAGUUUGAAAUCCUCUUAUCAUAUCAAGUUAUGUCAUUUACUUCCUUCUUCUUCCUCUUCUUCUUUUACUAGGCCUUUCACUACAUAAUGCAGGAUUCGUUCAGACUAUCCGGUCACAGCCUGUGACCUAGGAUACUUCUUGCCAUCUCUUCUGUCCUGAAUAUUAAGUGUCCGGCACUUACACAAAAUCUUUCCUAAACCCAGCAAGGUUAUUUGCUGUAAACGUUCUAUGGAAUAUGGCAUUCCCAACUGUCUCAGCCACAUUCCAAGUACUCUCGAACUGUUCCCAGUGCACCAAUUACCAUUAUUGGGAUGACUUGAACUGAUCGACAGGUCCCAAUGCGUUUCAUCUCGAAUUUUAAGUCAUAGUAAUUAUCGAUUUUCUCAGCUCUUUCCUUGCUCACUAGUGUUAAAUGGGUGGGCAACAUCAAUGGUGAUGAUGAUAAUAAUAAUAAUGAUAGUAAUGAUAAUAUAAUUAUAAAAGUAAGUUAUAAUUAUCAUUAAAAAAUCUCCCAGAAUCCUUUGAAGCAUUUUUUAUAAAGCUUUAUGACUUUGACAAUUUUAUACGUAGAAGACUGACAGACCAAAACAAGAUAACAUUUGCCAUAAAAUAUCUUCCCAUGUCACAUCUAAGGUAAUGAUGUCAUCAGUCACAUGACUAUUGCCGAACUAGGUUUUAUUGUUGCUGUGACAAGAUUUCAUUGACAAGUUAAAAACAAAUAGCAUAUUUGAGGUUUUGGAUGUGUUGGGCAUUUAAAAAUAACCAGUUGACGUCUGGCAUUUAAAAUUUAGGGAGGUAAUGGAAAUGAGCGAAAAAGUCAGGAGACUAGGCCGAGGGCUGUAGAGUGUCAACCUUUCAGAAAAUUUGCAGGACUAAUGUUUUACCUGAUAAUUUUUUCCAUGACCUCAGUCACGUGAUCAAAGCGUUUUGAAUGUUUUAGUUCGUUUUUAAAGUACCUUUUUUGUCAUAAAUUGGCAAGUUUUUGUUGUUUUUCUCAACAAUUCUUUACACUGUAUUGUCUCUCAGUAAUUAUUAUUCCAUUUUUAAAGCAGAAGCAAACAAAAACUGAGCCAGAAGUUUAAAAGUUGCGUAAAUUGAGCGAUAUUACAAGUUGAAAUCGAAAAGGAGACCUAUUUUUCAGACUUUUGUAAAAUCCUUUUUCAACCGUUUGUUUGCCGACAUAAAUGUUCAACAUUUGUUAAUAAACGAGAACUUUCAAAGCUAAAAGGAUGUAUUUGGUAGACUGCAAAACAGUCGGUUUUUUCCUCAAAAUCAGUAAAGAAAUCAGUAGAGCGUGGAGUAAGAGUCUUACGCGCGCGAACCGCGCGAGCCUCACACGCCCGUAUUUUUAGCGUCUCUCCCCAGUCUCGCUCUCUGUUUUCAUCCUUGUUCCACACCUUUUGUUUGACUGCUCGUGCGUACUUGAAUACGCAAAAAUACGGACUGUUUUGCAGUCUGCAUAGUGCACAAAUAUCUACAAAAACCGGUCUAUGGUUCAAUGCCAUUAGAGCCCGCUGAAACUAGACUGAGAUUCAAUUUUCCUGAGUCGAGAGUUGCUUUCCCAAGGUACAUAUAUUUUGGCCAAACCGUAGUUCAACCACGCGAUCAUAUACUUGUCAACACCAUGCGGAAAUCACACAAUCACACACUUUCGCGGCACUGAUAAGACUAUCCACAACCACGCAUAAUCUUCUCACGUUUAACAUAAGCGAAAUAUCAUCGAAUAACUCGGAAAAACUCAGCCUAUUGGCAAAUAAACACUUCUGGACUUUUCUCUUACACUUAGACUACGAGUAGUCCCCCAUUUUAACUCAGGGAUAGUAGAGCGAGCGAAACGCGAGCGCGCGUGAAAAUCACCCCACGCGAGAAAAGGCGUCACGCGGCGGGAAGAGAGAAAAAUGAGGGACUACUGACAAAGCCUAAGUUUUUGAACUAAUGCGUUGCUCUCACAACGCAAAACUCUGAUUGGCUCUUCCAUGGAAAUCUGUCAACAUCUGUCAAAAACGCGCCAGCCGCUAUUAACACUCGACCAAGAGACUAUAAAGGGGACAGAGAGGGCAUCCCCCAUAUACACCCUAUUCCAUAGGUAAUUCGUCUCGAGUUAUUUUAACACCACAGAUCUCAAGGGGGAUUAGACAACAGCCAAUCACAUAGCGCGAAUGUGUUCCGCGUGGAUGACCCACGCUAAGAGCCACGCGUCCUUCACGAAAUAACGCAGAACAAAAUGGGGGAAGACGCGGAGAGCGAUUUUGCUAUUCCUUUUGUCGACGAAAACGACUACAGCGAGAUUUCUGCGAAAGCUGUGUCUGCGAAACCGAAAUUAAAAAAGAAUCGCCCUUCCUCUCUUGUAUAGAGCUAACAGUAGAGCAGGGAAAUCCUUAACACAGUGAAUAUUCUCUCAGGAUCAUUUAUAAUUUACAGUUUGAAGAGAGCAAUUUCUGGUUUGAAGUUUAUUUUUUUCAGUCUUUAUUCCUACCCACUUACUUUGUCAAUUGUAGGCGAACCCUCUUAAAGCUGAAUUUCAAGGGACCAUAUUCAAGCUCAGAAAGAGAAAUAAAAUUUCGUCGUUGCUUAUUUACGUCCUCCAUAAAACGCGAAAUUAGGCAUUUUCACGUCGUAGUCGUGCAAAAACGGGAAAGAAAUGAACAAACAAGUGUGUUGCACGUGCGAAGUUGUUGUUUUGCUAAUUAAACCUAUUGUUUUUUUGACGUUCUAGUUGUCGUCCGCGUCGUUGGAUCUUAAACUCCCUAAAUUGUACAAACGACCGGUUUCAAUAGACCGGCGAAAUUUCUCAUUUUAUUAAAGUAUUGAGGUUACGACAACUUCGAGUUAAACUGAUUUCACGGGUUGUCAAAGAGUCCAGCGAUUCCUUUUUCCCAGGUGAGCGCUGACUCAUUUCGCUUCAAUGUUCAGGAAUGCUCUCGAUCUUUUUACGCUUUCAUUGCCUCUCGCCCGACAUGUUUUGCACGGCGUUUGGUCAUGCGAAACCUCCACGAAACAUCCACGCCUCGCGCGAGGUAACUUUAUCCCGAUUCUAAAAAUAACUCGAGACGAAUUACCUAUGGAAUAGGGUGUAUAUGGGGGAUGCCCUCUCUGUGCCCUUUAUAGUCUCUUGCACUCGACGCAAUCACAAUUUACAGAACAAAUAACUAGAGCAGAACAAAUAACAGCACAGAACAAAUAACUAGAGUUGCUCUUGUAGAAGCAGAAAGCAGAAAGCCAACCCGGCAACUGAUGAAGUUCGCCUGGAGAACCGAAACCAUGGUCUUGCCUGAUCACAAAGUGGGAAUAACAGAACGGUCGCAAGGCUUAUAUACGAUAGAAGCGAAGAUUGCAGGCGAUUUGUUUUUUUUUUUAAAUCAGUGACUACGCGAAGUUAAUGGACCACCUACGUUUCUCAUUGCGUUACAUGCACGGUUCCGUUUCCUUGACUCUAUUUUUAGUGUCAAAUUUAAAUAUUCAAUCAGAAUCUUAUAUUCGAAGUACACUGCAAAUUAUUAAAAACUUAUUGGAACUUUUUCUGCGUAAGCUUUACUCGCAGUUGCCUGUGUACAGACGUCCCCUCUCCCUCAGGGGGGACGUCUGUACACAGGCUAUACUCGCAGCACUCCACUUCAGUGCCGUAGCAUGGGGAGGGGCUGGGGGGCCUGGGCCAUAGUGGCCACGAUCUUCACGCUGCUCUUCGGUUGAAUGUGUUCAUUUCGGUUAGAUAAAGCGUCAAAAUUAUUUAUUCAUGGCUUCAACAACGAAAAAUUGCGGGAAAUUAAUGCUCUUCGAAGGCUGAAAAUGCUAUUUCACAGACCCUAUAGUUCAAAAUCUUCCGGGGCAGCAUGUCCCCGGACCCCCUUAACAGCUCGUGCCUUCGGCGCUCGUGAUUACCACCCCAAAUAAAUCUAACCUUGCUACUGCACUUUCCAAUGGAAACUACUAGUUAUUGUUAUUAUUAUUAUAAUUAUUCAAAAGCUUUACCAUUUUGAUAAGCUGAUAUGCGUAUACGCGAUAGGAAGCAAAGGCUAAUUUCUUCCUGUCAUGUCUAAUGGAAGGAUCACAAAGUAAACAAUUCACAAAAUUCUCGAGCUAAAUAACACUAGACGACGUUAAAGUUACUUUCAUCGAUCUUUCUUUUCUAUUUCAAUCGGUAGAAUCCUGGAGAACUAGCUACGUCAUCAGUCCCGGCAAAAAAAAAAAGGAAGAGGAUUUGAAAAGGUGGAAAAAAUAGCUGGCCAAGAUUCUACAGCAUAGUUUUCGCUUCCUGUUGUGGCGAGAAAUCCAACAGCUACAGAGCCAAACGUCUCGCAAAUCACUAUUUUCGACCUUUUUAGAGCUAACCCACUACAACUAUUCCUGUUAUUUUAUUCAUCCAACUCCUAAUGGGGUCGCUUUGGUCAAACGCGAGGUAAAAUAAAUAGGGUCAAGCGAGUGCUGAAGCGGUUUCAUUUGAAUGGUAGCAUUUUGUGAUUCCUUGUACUGCCUGACGGCAGUGUUAGAAGUACGAUAUUUGCAUGACUCCACAGUUGACUCUGCCGGGAAGUUGGAGGAUGAAGGCAUGGCACUGAAGGAAGAAAAUCAGGAGAAUGGUGAAGAAAGAGAAAAAUAAGUUCCGUUGAAAUAACUGAACUCCUACUGGUUGCAUCGUCAACCCUGGAAUCGUGAGCCGCACAUGGCGCGAUAAAGAUUGACGGUGAUGAUGAUGGUGUUGACCACUACGACGAUGAGGACGAUGGUGACGAUCAUGAGGAUGAUGGUGUUGAUGGUGGUGGCGGUGAUGAUAAUAUGAUGAUGAUAGUAGGGUUCGCCUGCGUUUGACAAAGUAAAUGGGUAGAAAUAAUCGCGAUAAAGACUGAAAGAAUGCAAAUUGACUUUUUAAGCGAAGUUUUCGCUGCCAUCGCGUCCUUGAAUCUUUAAGUCCCUACUUAUGGUGGUGGUGGUGGUGGUGGUGGUGGUGAUGAUGAUGAUGAACAUCAGGAUGAUGAUGGUGAUGACGGCAACGCUGAGGUGGAGGAUGAUGAUGCUAUUGGGCGAAGCAAUGGUUCUACUGAUGCGAUCGAUACAAGUGUAGCGACAAUGAUGGUGACGGCGACUACAAUGAUGAUGAGGAGGACGACCAUUAUGGCCUGGGUGAGUGACGUUGCCAUUGCAAGCACCAUGAAGGUGACGAUGAUGGUAACCAUAAAGACUUUGGGGAUGACUAUGAAGAACUGCGCGAGGAACCCCACUAAUGCGACACUGUAGCCGAAGAAUGACAAGAACUGGUUCAGUCCGCGUUCUAUUUGCUCGGCGCUCGGCAUGAUGACUUGCUGCGUAUCUUGUAGGUAUUCCAAUCAGAUAUUCCAAUCGGCUUGAACUCAGUUGCACUUUAGGAAAGUUCCUCUCUUCUUAGCUAGAACCCGACGUUAUC